GCUUUCGGGCUUUACUGGGAGUUACUGGGAUGUUCCUAGGGUUUGUUGGGACUUACUGGGAGGCUUUUAGGGGUUACUGGGAGUCACUGGGAGGCUUUUUAGGGGUUACUGGGAGUCACUGGGAGGCUUUUUGGGGGUUACUGGGACUUACUGGGAGGUAUUUAGGCUUUACUGGAAGUCACUGGGGGGCUUUCAGGGGUUACUGGUGGGCAUUGAGAGGUUUGUAGGGAGUGCUGGGGCUUACUGGGAGUCACUGGGACACAACUGGGAGUCACUGGGAAGUCUCUACGGUUAUUGGGGGUUACUGGGACACAACUGGGAGUCACUGGGAAGUCUCUACGGUUAUUGUGGGACACAACUGGGAGCUGUGGGAAUUCUGUACAGUUACUGGGAGGACACCAAGUGCCUCCUGGGGGGUCAAUAGAAGCCAGCAGGGAGUUACUGGGAGCUACUGGGAAACUCCUGAUGAGGUCACUGGGUGCCUUUUGGGGAGGGGGUCCCCCCCGUCGCCCCCCCCCCCCCCCCCCGGGCAAAGCAGCCAAUGGGAGCGUGGCCGCCCCUCCCCCCAGCAUUAACCCCGCCCCCAUCAAAGUGCCUGGGGGGGGAGGGGAAGCCCCGCCCCUCCCCCCCCGGGGUCACCCCAAUAAACAAUCCAAGGCCCGCCUGCGUUUGAUUGACAGCUGAGGGGCGUGGUUUUUAUCGCGAGAGGCGUGGUUUAAAUUCCGGGGGCGUGCCCGCGUUGGCACCGCCUCAGGCGGGGGCGGAGCCCUCUAUCGGAACAGGCGUGGUCUAGUUCCGGAAGGGGCGUGUCCUCGUCCCGGAAGGGGCGGGGCGCGCCGGGGAGGCCGCGGCAGAGCCGAGCGGGGCCGGGGCCGGGGCCGGGAGCGGCCGGAGCGGGGCCGGGAGCGGAGGGGCCGGGGCCGAGCGGGACCGGGCGGGACCCUCCGGGAUCCCCCGGGGCCUCCCGGGAGCAGCGAGGCGGCGAUGCCGAGCAAGAAGAAGAAAUACAACGCGCGCUUCCCGCCGGCGCGGAUCAAGAAGAUCAUGCAGACAGACGAGGAGAUCGGGAAGGUGGCGGCCGCUGUGCCCGUCAUCAUCUCGCGGGCCCUGGAGCUGUUCCUGGAGUCACUGCUGCGCAAGGCCUGUCACGUGACCCAGUCCCGCAACGCCAAGACCAUGACAACGUCACACCUGAAGCAGUGCAUCGAGCUGGAGCAGCAGUUCGACUUCCUCAAGGACCUGGUGGCCGCCGUGCCCGACAUGCAGGGGGACGGUGACGACCCCCACGGCGACGGCGAGCGGGGACCCCGCAGGGGGCGCCGCCCGGGCAGUGGCCGCAAGAACGGGGGACCCGGGGCCAAGGGGACCCCGAAACAGUCUGGGACAGACUCGGAGCAGGAGGAGGACUCUGAGGACAGUGACAGCGACGGGGACGAGGAGACGCCGCAGCACCCCCCGGCCCCGCCCCCACUCACCUUCCCCAGCCCUGGGGUUCCCUUCGCCCCCCUGGGCCCCCCAAGCCUCCCGGGGGGGCUCCCGGGGGGGCUUCCCCCAGCCCCCGGCCCCCCCCGCGCCCGGGAGGAAGAGGAGGAGGAUGAAGAUUACGAUUCCUAGCGACCCCUCCCCAAAUCUUUGCCCGUUUCUCCAGGAUUUUCCCCCAAUCCUGGGUCAGGCGUCACCUCCCAGUGGGGCCUUACUGGGAGCUGGGCCUGGCACCGGUUUGGGGGGGCUGGGGGGUACUGGGAGCACUGGGACCCCCCCCCUCCCUGCCCCACUCAAUUAAUUAUGGCAGUUUUGGGGAAAGGGGGGGGGGGGGGGGCUCAGCCCGGGCUCUGGGAGCCCCCCCGGACACACCUGGGACCCCUUUUUGGGGGUGUAGGGGGGUCGGGGGUGGAUUUUGGGGCUCUUUGGGGGCAUUUGCUGAGUCGGGGGUUUUGUAUCGGCUCAAUAAAGUUUCUGUUUCCA